AAUUUGUUCCAGAAAGAAAGCGGGUUGGAUUCGAAAUGGUCGCGUAGUUUUCCUCGUCUUCACUUGGAAAAAGCCGACACUUCUCCAAAAAAUAUAUACAGUAGAAGAGUGGACAGUGCGUACGUUAGCGGCAAUCAUCAGACACCUUCCUUCUCCGCGCAUUUUAGCCUCUUGUCUGUUACCACCUCUCUCUCUCUCUUUUUUUCCCCUCACUUUCAAGCUCUAAUCUCUAAUCUUCGCCAUUAUCGAGCAUCUUGGAAGCUGAUUCUCUCAUUUCGAUUUACAGAGCAAUUGACAUAGCAGAGAUUUGUAUUUUCUAAUUCAAUUUUGGAGGGUGGUUUAAAAUAACCCGUGGAAAUGUCAAUGCGGGGUCGACACCUCGAUGCUUAUUCCAUGUACAAGCGCGGUACCAGAGAGCAUGGAUUCGAUGCCUUUGAUAAAGAGCAAGGUCCAGAACGUUCGCUGAAUGGAGUGGGCAAGGAUAUUGGAGUCCCUUCUUGGAAGCGUUCACUCCGGCAUGUACUCGUGGCAACAUUAUCUUCCUUCCUCUAUGGUUAUCAUCUUGGAGUAGUUAAUGAAACACUAGAAAGUAUUUCACGUGACCUUGGUUUUCAUGGGAAUACCAUGGCUGAAGGUCUGGUCGUAAGUACAUGUUUAGGGGGUGCCUUUGUUGGAUCACUGUUCAGUGGUUUGAUUGCAGAUGGAGUUGGGCGUCGCAGGGCACUCCAGCUAUGUGCUUUGCCUAUGAUAAUUGGGGCUUCAAUGAGUGCGACAGCAAAAAGCCUUUGGGCCAUGCUUCUGGGGAGGUUAUUUGUAGGGACUGGAAUGGGUAUUGGCCCAGCUGUGGCAGCUCUUUAUGUGACAGAGGUUUCUCCAGCUUAUGUAAGAGGUACAUAUGGAAGCUUCACUCAAAUUGCAACAGGCCUAGGAUUGAUGGGCUCUCUAUUUAUUGGAUUCCCUGCUAAGGCAAUUGAGGGUUGGUGGCGCAUAUGUUUCUGGGCAUCUGUUGCUCCUGCUGCUAUACUUGCUCUUUUUAUGGAGUUUUCUGUAGAGAGUCCCCAUUGGCUUUUUAAGAGAGGAAGAGCUGCUGAUGCUGAAGCUGAGUUUGAAAAACUUUUGGGAGGACCAUAUGUCAAAAGUGCAAUGGCUGAAUUGUCAAAGUCAGACAGAGGGGAUGAGGCAGAUACAUUCAAGUUCUCAGAGCUACUUUAUGGCCAUCAUCGUAAAGUUGUUUUCAUUGGGUCUACCCUUUUUGCUUUACAACAGCUCUCUGGUAUAAAUGCUGUUUUCUAUUUCUCGUCAACUGUCUUUGAAACUGCUGGCGUACCUUCAGAGUCUGCAAACAUGUGUGUGGGAAUUGCCAAUUUGUUAGGAUCAUUUGUUGCAAUGAUUUUGAUGGAUAGACUGGGAAGGAAGGUACUUCUCAUUGGAAGCUUUUCAGGCAUGGUAGUGGCAAUGUUUCUUCAGAUAACUUCAGCUACUUCCUUAGUUUCAAGAAGUAGUGGAGUUUAUCUCUCUGUUGGAGGCAUGCUUUUGUCUGUCUUGGCCUUCGCUAUUGGAGCUGGACCAGUCCCUAGUAUCCUACUAUCAGAAAUGUUUCCUGGUCGGGUUAGGGCAAAUGCAGUGUCAGUUUGCAUGGCUUUCCAUUGGAUUGUAAAUUUCUUUGUCGGGCUGUUAUUUUUGCGGUUACUGGAACAGAUUGGACCAUUAGUCCUGAAUUCGAUUUUUGGUGCCUUUUGUCUGCUGGCAGUACUUUUUAUAAAGAAAAAUGUGUUGGAAACAAAAGGAAAAUCACUUCAAGAGAUUGAAAUUGCACUUCUUCCAUCAGAAUAGGGGGCGCUUCGGGAUAUAAGUAUUUCAUUGCACCAAUAUCUCUUGCCGCUAAUCCUGCCAGCUUAUCAAUCCGAAAGAUGCAGACCUUGGUAAAUGAUGUCAUAGAUGGAUCAUAGCGAAAAGAACACAUUCAUCAGGUGCUCACUCUCCUAGCCCAUGUAACUCUUAAGAGAAAUUAUUUUAUUGUUUCCUUGAAUACUGAAUUACUACAUUUCCUGGCGGAGAAAUUUAUAUAGCAUAUACGGGGGAUUCACUUUGGAUGAUAUGUUUAACUUCAACUCAGGAUGGAACGUCAUAUUUUGAGUUGAGCACCCCGAUAUUUUUGUUGUUAAUGAAUUGCAUGGAUAGACAAUGAAUUCUGAGAAAUUAACUA